AUGCUGUCUCUGAGCUGUUCCGGGGCCCCAGGGGCCCCGUGGGGCCCGGGCCGGGCCAGCAGCAUCAGCAUCAGCCCCCCCGGCCUGGACGACAGCCUGACCAGCCUGCAGUGGCUGCAGGACUUCAGCAUCCUGGACGCCGGCGCGCCGGACCGGCCCCCGGGUUCCCAGGACCGGGGUUCCUGGGGUUCCCGGGGUUCCCGGGACCCGGGGGCCCCCGCCUCGCCCCUGGCCGGGGAUCCCGCCUCCAUGGGGAACCCCGGGGCCCCCACGGCGGCGGCCUUCAGCAGGCCCCUGCCCCGCCUGGUGGCCCACGGCCACUGCCCGGCGGAGGUGGACUACGGGCGCGACGCGUCCGUCAAGCCGCCGUACUCCUACGCCUCGCUCAUCUGCAUGGCCAUGCAGGCCAGCCGGGGCAGCAAGAUCACGCUGGCCGCCAUCUACCGCUGGAUCACCGACAACUUCUGCUACUACCGGCACGCAGACCCCACCUGGCAGAACUCCAUCCGACACAACCUGUCGCUGAACAAGUGCUUCAUCAAGGUCCCGCGGCGGAAGGACGAGCCGGGGAAGGGCGGCUACUGGAAGAUCGACCCGCAGUACGCCGAGCAGCUGCUGAGCGGCGUCCACAAGAAGAGACGGACGCCACAGGUCCAGAUCAACCCGGCCCUGCAGAGCCGGCUCCGGGCCGGCCCCCCACUGGGGGCCGGGGCCCCUUACCUGGGCGUCAACCCCGAGGCCCAGCGGCUCCUGCGGGGGUUUGAGCAGGGGACCGGGCCGGACCAGACCUGGGACCCCCGCCUGGCGGAGGGGACGAUGCUGGGGUCCUGGCCCGUGGUGCGGGGACCCCGGAGGAAACGGGCCCCCCGGGGGGGGUCCACCUCCCCGCUGCUCUGCAACGACGACCCCAGGGAGGACGGGCCCCUGAAGGGGGACUUCAACUGGGACGCCCUGCUGGACUCGGCGCUGAGCGGCGAGCUGAGCCUGGACGGCUCCCUGAGCCCCAUCAUCACGGAGGAGGAGCGACCCCCCGGGGGGGCCCCCGUCUCCCCCCCCGGGGGGCCGGCGGGGGACACCGGCUACGACGAGGAGACCUUCCUGGCCACGGCGUUCCUGGAGACGUCCUGGGCCGAGGAGGACGGCGGCGGAGACUUCCUGUGCAGCUCCGCCGGGACCCUGGAGCAGCUGUUCGACCUGGGGGCCCCGCUGGGCGGGGGGGCCGAGCCGGGGGCCCCCCUCCCGUGAGGAGCACCCCUGGCCUCAGACUCUGUCUUUACCGC